UCCCAGCCUAUGACACACUUUCUCUCCUUUUUUUCUCUCUUUUGCUUGCUCUGGCCUCUGAACUCUGGCCCGGGCCCUGCGCAGCCCCCUCCUGGCCCUGCAGCCCCUGGGCGGGCAGUGCCCCUAGCAGGGGUCGGGGCUGCGGGGACCGAGGGCUGGGCCGCCAGGAGGAAGCCGGCAGCCUGCGUGGAGGAGGUGCCCAGCGCUGCUGUUGGAGCAUGAGCGCCCCAGGUCCAGGUCAUCCCAACUCCAGAUCCAGCAGGAGACUGGCUGAAAGGAGGACAAGAUCCAGCCAGAAAGUGUACAAGUCGGACCAUAGUAACAGGAGAGCAGCUCCUGUUCAUUGAGCACCUACUCCAUGCCAGGAGGAGGGCCGGAGAUGGAUGACUAUAUGGAGACGCUGAAGGAUGAGGAGGAUGCCUUGUGGGAGAAUGUGGAGUGCAACCGACACAUGCUGAGCCGUUACAUCAACCCAGCCAAGCUCACCCCCUACCUGCGCCAGUGUAAGGUCAUUGAUGAGCAAGAUGAAGAUGAAGUGCUUAAUGCUCCCAUGCUGCCAUCCAAGAUCAACCGGGCAGGCCGAUUAUUGGACAUUCUACACACCAAGGGGCAAAGGGGUUAUGUGGUUUUCUUGGAAAGCCUGGAAUUUUACUACCCAGAACUAUACAAACUGGUGACUGGAAAGGAACCCACCCGGAGAUUCUCUACAAUUGUGGUGGAGGAGGGCCACGAGGGCCUCACGCACUUCCUGAUGAACGAGGUCAUCAAACUGCAGCAGCAAAUGAAGGCCAAGGACCUGCAGCGGGCCCGGCAGCGGUGCGAGCUGCUGGCCAAGUCACGGCAGCUGGAGGAUGAGAAGAAGCAGCUGACACUGACACGAGUGGAGCUGCUGACUUUCCAGGAGCGGUACUAUAAGAUGAAGGAAGAACGGGACAGCUACAAUGACGAGCUGGUUAAGGUGAAGGAUGACAACUACAACUUAGCCAUGCGCUAUGCUCAGCUCAGUGAAGAAAAGAACAUGGCAGUGAUGAGGAGCAGAGACCUCCAACUUGAGAUUGACCAACUAAAGCACCGAUUGAAUAAAAUGGAGGAAGAAUGUAAGCUAGAGAGAAAUCAGUCACUAAAAUUGAAGAAUGACAUAGAAAAUCGGCCCAAGAAGGAGCAGGUUCUGGAACUGGAGCGGGAGAAUGAGAUGCUGAAGACCAAAAUCCAGGAGCUGCAGUCCAUCAUACAGGCUGGCAAGCGCAGCCUACCUGACUCAGACAAGGCCAUCCUGGACAUUCUGGAGCACGAUCGGAAGGAGGCCUUGGAGGACCGGCAGGAGCUCGUCAACAAGAUCUACAAUCUGCAGGAGGAGGUCCGCCAGGCAGAGGAGCUGCGGGACAAGUACCUGGAGGAGAAGGAGGAUCUAGAGCUCAAGUGCUCGACCCUGGGGAAGGACUGUGAAAUGUACAAGCACCGCAUGAACACAGUUAUGCUGCAGCUGGAGGAGGUGGAGCGGGAGCGGGACCAGGCCUUCCAUUCCAGAGAUGAAGCACAGACCCAGUAUUCACAGUGCUUAAUUGAAAAGGACAAAUAUAGAAAACAGAUCCGUGAGCUGGAAGAGAAAAAUGAUGAGAUGCGGAUCGAGAUGGUACGGCGGGAAGCCUGCAUUGUCAACCUGGAGAGCAAGCUUCGACGCCUCUCCAAGGACAGUGGAAGCCUUGACCAGAGUCUGCCCCGGAACCUGCCAGUGACCAUCAUCUCUCAGAACUUUGGGGACGCCAGCCCCAGGACCAAUGGCCAAGAAGCUGACGAUUCUUCCACCUCAGAGGAGUCGCCCGAGGACAGCAAGUACUUCCUGCCCUACCACCCGCCCCGGCGCAGGAUGAACCUGAAGGGCAUCCAGCUGCAGAGAGCCAAAUCCCCCAUCAGCCUGAAGCGAGCAUCAGAUUUUCAAGUCAAGGGACACGAAGAAGAAGGUACAGAUGCCAGCCCCAGCCCCUCCACCUCUCUGCCCAUCACCAACUCCUUCUCCAAGAUGCAGCCCCAUCGGAGCCGCAGCAGCAUCAUGUCAAUCACUGCAGAACCCCCAGGAAAUGACUCCAUUGUCAGACGCUAUAAGGAAGAUGCCCCUCAUCGCAGCACAGUUGAAGAAGAUAAUGACAGCGGCGGGUUUGACGCCUUAGACCUGGAUGAUGACAGUCACGAACGCUACUCCUUUGGACCCUCCUCUAUCCACUCCUCUUCUUCCUCCCACCAGUCUGAGGGCCUGGACGCCUAUGACCUGGAGCAGGUCAACCUCAUGUUCAGGAAGUUCUCUCUAGAAAGACCCUUCCGGCCCUCGGUAACGUCUGUGGGGCACGUGCGGGGUCCUGGGCCCUCAGUGCUGCACACAACACUGAACGGCGAUGGCCUCAUCACGCAGCUCACCCUGCUGGGGGGCAACGCACGCGGGAGCUUCAUCCACUCAGUCAAGCCAGGCUCCCUGGCUGAGAAGGCUGGCCUCCAUGAAGGCCACCAGCUGCUGCUGCUAGAAGGCUACAUCAAAGGCGAGCGGCAGAGCGUCCCCCUGGAUACGUGCACGAAGGAGGAGGCCCACUGGACCAUCCAGAGGUGCAGCGGCCCUGUCACACUGCACUACAAGGUCAACCACGAAGGGUACCGGAAGCUGCUGAAGGACAUGGAGGAGGGCCUGAUCACAUCAGGUGACUCGUUCUACAUUCGGCUGAACCUGAACAUCUCCAGUCAGCUGGAUGCCUGUUCUAUGUCCCUGAAGUGUGACGACGUUGUACACAUCCGUGACACCAUGUACCAGGACAGGCAUGAGUGGCUAUGUGCACGGGUCGACCCUUUCACAGACCAGGACCUGGACAUGGGCACCAUCCCCAGCUAUAGCCGGGCCCAGCAACUCCUCCUGGUCAAGCUACAGCGUCUGAUGCACAGAGGCAGCCGGGAAGAGCCAGACACCACCCACCACACCCUGAAGACAUUCCGCAACACUCUGCAGCCUGAAGAACCGCUUUCAACGAGUGACCCCCGGGUGAGCCCCCGCCUCUCACGAGCAAGUUUCCUUUUUGGCCAACUCCUUCAGUUCGUCAGCAGGUCAGAAAACAAGUACAAGCGGAUGAACAGCAAUGAGCGGGUCCGCAUCAUCUCAGGGAGCCCUCUGGGGAGCCUGACCCGGUCCUCGCUGGAUGCCACGAAGCUCCUGACUGAGAAGCAGGAUGAGCUGGACCCUGAGAACGAGCUCAGCAAGAACCUCAGCCUCAUCCCCUACAGCCUGGUGCGUGCCUUCUACUGCGAGCGCCGCCGGCCUGUCCUCUUCACUCCCACCAUGUUGGCCAAGACGCUGGUCCAAAAGCUGCUCAACUCAGGGGGUGCCAUGGAGUUCACCAUCUGCAAAUCAGAUAUUGUCACCAGAGAUGAGUUCCUCAGAAAGCAGAAGACAGAGACCAUCAUCUACUCCCGAGAGAAGAACCCCAACACUUUUGAAUGCAUUGUUCCUGCCAACAUCGAAGCUGUGGCGGCCAAGAACAAGCACUGCCUGCUGGAGGCCAGCAUCAGCUGUGCGAGGGACCUGAUCAAGUCCGAGAUCUACCCCAUCGUGCUCUUCAUCCGGGUGUCCGAGAAGAACAUCAAGAGGUUCAGGAAGCUGCUGCCCCGACCUGAGACUGAGGAAGAAUUUCUGCGCGUGUGCCGCCUGAAGGAGAAGGAGCUGGAGGCGCUGCCCUGCCUGUACGCCACGGUGGAGGCUGACAUGUGGGGCAGCGUGGAGGAGCUGCUCCGUGUCAUCAAAGACAAGAUCGCCGAGGAGCAGCGCAAGACCAUCUGGGUCGACGAGGACCAGCUUGUGAGGCAGGGACACUCUUGAGUCUGAAACAAGUCCUAGGGGGCAAAAGGGCAUCUAGCCACCCAGACCUGGGGGCUCUGUCCCAGUCCAUGGUGGAGCCCUUCCAGGGACCCCCGGGGAGAGAGCUUGUUUGACACAUGAGGCUGACCGGGCCCAAAUGUUAAGCCCCUCUGGCAUUAGCAGGGAGACAGGAUCUAGUAAAGAACACAGAGCCAGAGAUCUGAGGCCAGCCAACCCCUCACACCAGAGCAGCAGUUGAAUGUAAUGCGUGAGACAGGUGUGCCACCUGCAGGGCAGGGACCCAGACAGCCAGGGUGCACACCAGCCUGGGGACGCACAAUCGGCACAUUCCCAGCAAGGCAGGUUGCGGGAGGAGAACUGUGCCAGGCUAUUAUUUUUCUUGCAUUAAAAUUUCUCCAUUUCUUUGUUUUCAAACUUCUUUAAAAAUUCUAAUAGUUUGCAGAGGUUUUCAACUCUUGCCACCUUUCUACCCUGAAAAACACUCCCAGCAAGCUUAUUUUAGGCCCAGAGAGGGGUCAGAUCCCACAUCCCGGUUUCCCAGAACAGGCCUAGUUUAUACCUGCAUUUGGGACAUUACUGAUAGCACCUCUUUUGACUCAGAUGCAUCCUGAUUUGGGAUUUGGAUGAUAUAUUACGUGGCUACCCAGGGAAAAGCCAACCUUUCAGCAGCUGCUUGGGAAGUCUGGCUGGUGAUGGCCCUGCAUCCCCUAACUGCGGCCAAGGCCAGGCCCCUCCCACCCAGCACACUCCAUGUUUCUCUAUCUCCUGUGCAUUUAUUGUUCCUGAAAUGCAGCUCACUUUGUCCUCCAGACCAGGAAAGACCACGUGGGGUAUGACCCUCCAGUGGGUUUGCUCCCCUCUGCACAGGAGCUAGAGGAGUGCAGAAAAACUGAGCUGCCCUCCACAGCAGGUAGCAGAGGGUUCCAGAGCCAUCCUUAUCACUGACCCCUCCUUGAUGCAAACUCGCCCGAGUAUGGACCCAGUGACCUUUGGCCAGACACCAUGCUGCAGAUUCAUGAAGCUGGUAGGAACUAUGGGAGCAACUGCUAGUUGACAACCCAAUAGCCACAAUCCCUUUCUUCCUAACAGAAUCCUGAUUUUAUUCUGGAAAUCUGUAUACACAGUUAAAGGUAUUUCCUAACCUCCUUUGCAGUUAGGGUAAUCAAAGAAAUGUAAGGGAAGAUCUGGGGGAGAGACAACAGUCAGUUCCCUUUCCAGAUCCCUUCUUGGGAUACAGACAUGAUGGCAAUAGCUCCAGCAAUCAUCAGGGAUCUUGAGGUGACAGUGAGGAUGGAAACCCUGCACAGAAGAUAGUGGGAAAGAAGGUGAUGAUACUUGGAAGUCCAGGACUGCUGCUUGAGUUUCUUUUACAAGAUACAGAAAUAAAUGUUUAUCUUGUGUUAA